AAUUACGCUAAAACACACGAACUUUGGCCCGAUUUUCAAAUUUUCCAUAUACUUUAAAUUUUGUCUGGAUUUCCCUGAAUUUAGGCCCGCGUUCAAUUUUUCCACAAUUUUCGCUCCGGCCUUAUUAUAAAGCUGACAUGGCAUAUUUUGCUUGAACGAAAAGUUGACGUGGACACGCCGGACGGGAUAUUAUACGACGUCGUUCUAAAAGACACGAACGGCGUCGUUUUGUGUUGUUUUACCAUCUAUUUCGUGAGAUUAUGUUUUUGAAUUCCAAAUCAAAUGAAAUUGUGAGAAUUACGGUUCUCUCGAUCAUUUUCCUCUCACAACAAUUACCAUGGCUUGUGCUAAAUCUUCCUCCUCCGGCGGUUCGGCCAUGGCCGACAUGACCACAAAGUGUUACUGCGGAAGCCGCGUCGUGCUUAGGACGUCACAAACACAACAAAACCCUGGACGGAGGUUCAUAUGUUGUCCGAAGAAAGAUAUUAAGGCUCAGUGUCGAUUUUUCGAUUGGGUUAAUCCCGAGACUCCGAUAGGAGAGGCAGAAGAAGAAGAUGAUGGUGAAUCGAAACUAACUUUCUGGAUUGGCGAAUACUACCGACAACAACAGUAUCUUGAAGCGGACAUGAUGAGAAUCCGACAGUUGGAGGCUGAGAUUAAGCAUCUAAAAAAGAAAAAGAAAGACAACAAGAAGCUAUUCGUCAACAUGAAGCAAUUCAUGUAUGGUGCUUGUUUUGGAGUGUUGGUUUAUGCAGUUUCGAUGUCACUCAUUUUCUAGAAAUGAUUACUAGAUUAAGCUAUGGUUAGUGAUUGAACAUGUUAGUGCUUCAACUUGUUGUUUAGUAUCCUAUUUUCAGAUACAUAUUGUAUUGUCCAAUUUUCAAGUGCAAUGGACAUUGAAUUGUUGGUAAUGAAAAUAUGGAAAUCUGCAUUGGCAUUUUGUAUUA